UUUCUUGGAUUUUGAUUAUUAUGUUUUCUGGGCAACUUCAGCUUUUGCGUAUGAUGUUGCGAUUUCCAUUUACUCUAAUCAUUGUGUAAAUUGCAUAAUUUUUUUAUUUUUAUUUUUCUGGAUUAAGUUUAUGCAUUUCGGCUUUUGGUUCCGAUGCCACGUUUCAGAAUCUCAUGUUGAUUUCAAAUUUUGGCUUUUAACUGUGCUAGAUAUUCGGGGGUUCUGUUUUGAGUAUUGUCAAAAUGACAAAACACUAUUAAUGCGUUUUCGCUUUGAAUUCGAUACGUUGACCUUCCUAAACGGAAUAAUUUUGAUCAGGAGUUGGUUCAGUCGCUGGGUGCAUAGUCCCUAUGCAUAAUCAUGUACUUAUAGCAAACUAUUGCUUGAUUAACCAAGUUCGAUACUGGCUGAGGAGGCCUAUAGUCAAUAUUUAGCUUUUACUAUCAUUUGUGAGCUCUGAUGGAUGAUGCUGGGCAUCGUGAAAAUGGAAGGCACAAAGCCGACCAAUAUAAAUCUGCUCAGGGACAGUGGUUGAUGCAACAUCAGCCUUCCAUGAAGCAGAUUAUGGCUAUUAUGGCUGAAAGGGAUGCAGCCAUUCAAGAAAGAAAUCUGGCCCUUUCUGAGAAAAAAGCAGCAUUUGCAGAACGUGACAUGGCAUUCCUGCAACGAGAUACUGCAAUUGCGGAAAGAAAUAAUGCAUUAAUGGAGCGGGAUAAUGCAAUUGCAACCCUUCAGUUUCGAGAAAACACCUUAACCAACGGUAGUAUGUCAUCAUGCCCUCCAGGAUGCCAAAUCUCACGGGGAGUCAAGCACAUGCAUCAUCCGCAGCAACAGGUACACCACUUACCUAACAUGGGUGAUGCUUCUUACAGCACAAGGGAAAUGCACACAAGUGAUGCCCUCCCAGCAGUUCCCAUUACUUCAGAGGCUGGUAAGCCUCGACGGGCCAAACGACCGAAGGAAGGUAAGUCAGUGACACCUAAUAAGAAGACUCCAAAAACUACAAGAAAGGUCAAGAGGGACAAUGAAGAUUUGAACAAGAUGAUGUUUGCCAAUGGCAAGAUGCAUGAGUGGAAGAGUAGUCAGGAAAUCAUGAAUGGAGGUGAUAAUCUUAACAAGCAGUUAGUAGUGUCAAAGGCUGAUUGGAAAUCUCAGGACUUAGCAUUGAACCAAGUUGCAUAUGAUGAGUCAACCAUGUCAACACCAGGGUGCUCUUGUACUGGUGUUCUGAGGCAGUGCUACAAAUGGGGUAAUGGAGGUUGGCAAUCUGCUUGUUGCACAAACACCCUAUCAGAGUAUCCACUUCCAGCAGUGCCCAACAAGAGGCAUGCUCGGGUAGGUGGUAGAAAAAUGAGUGGAAGCGCUUUCAAUAAGCUGCUUAGCCGGCUUGCAGCAGAAGGAUAUGAUCUGUCAAACCCAGUUGACCUUAAAGACCAUUGGGCUAAACACGGUACAAAUCGAUAUAUCACAAUAAAGUAGAUCAUUGAGAUGUACAUGAUGGAUAAAUAGCUUUUAAAUAAUUACUUAAUGUAUCUAGUCGUUAAACCCAAAUAAUUUAGAGCCUUGUAUCUUCUUUAUCCGCGUUUCCUUGCUAUGAGCUGAACUAUCUGAAUUUAUAUGUAGAAU